GAGCGUUAACAAGUUGGACUACUUCUCCAGUAAACAGGAAGUUGUAAUACCAUAAGUCAUUAUGUGAGACAUACACCUGCAUCUAAUGAACAUUGUUUACCUUAAGAUUGUUAGCAAUUUGUUAUUGUAUCAGUCACAUGAAUUGGAAGUUAAAUAAUCUUACUUAAAUACUAUAAGGGCGCAGCAAUCAUUUAUUACGCACCGGAAUCCGAUGUCACCCAUUCGGUUGUUCAUGAAAGACUAGUUUUCAGUAUGGAUGCCAAGCUUGCUAUUUUGCUUUCGUUGUUCGCGUGUGUGCUCAACAGCAUCGGCCAGGCGAUCCCUUACUGGCUUGUUGCCUCAAUAUCUGAAGCCGGACUGUCCGCCAGCGUCAAUAUGGGUCUAUGGUCAGUGUGCGUCCAUUCGGACAUUCCGGGUGCGAAUAUUGACAAGUGUCUCGCCCAGUGGGAUAACCGCGACCAUUCUGUCCCCAUAUACAUUAUAGAGGCGGGGUGCAUUGAGAUCGGGGCCUCAAUCCUGAUGUUCAGCUCAACAAUAUAUGGAGUCGUACGGACUGUCAUACACACCCCAACAGUCGUUUACACCACGAGAGAAUCAGGAGUCAUAUGUAUCUUAGCAGGUAUUAUGGCUCUAGCGGGGUGCAUAGUGUUCGCAUCCGAGACCAUUGCGGGCUAUUACUAUCACGUGGGGUUCGCGUUGUGUAUCGUGGCCGGAUUGAUAAGCAUAAUCAGCGGGAUACUUUACUUGUUAGCUAGAAAGGACACGCAGGACAUGCAGGACAUUCAAUUCACGCGGUUCGCUUGAAAACUUGUGAAACUAGUGAAUUUGCGCUAUUUAUACUUUACUAUAUAUUCAUAUAGUUUUGUUCAUCCAGAAAAAUACUAUUUAACUACAAUUUUUAGUUGAUCGAUGUAUAAGAAUGUAUAAUGUCAUUGUUAACAUGCGUUUUGGAGAGCCGUUGUAUAUUCUAUUUUGUUACAUAAAUUUCUCUUUCAAUUUUUUGGUCAAGCAUUAAGGUUUCUUUUUUUUAGUUGACACAUCUAUUUUGAAGUUAGUUGUCGCUCCAUGUAUAUUUGCUACACUUAAAUGAAAAUGGAAACUUAUGAUGAGUUACGGGCUGGAUUUUAAAAGUGGCUAUAUCCGGGUGAAGGAUUAACGGUUUUUCAGGGGUUUUCACACGGGCUGAACAGAAUAAAAACACACCGUUAAGAACUUAAUAAGUAUUGAAAUACAUUUAAAAAAAUCUUUUGUGCAUAAAAGACAGUUUUUCUUCCAGUGUGUGCCGAUAUCUUAAGAUUAAAGAAUAAAUGCUUAAAUACGUCUGAAAUCGGUGCCAAACGUUCACGUUGCGUGAAGCAUAACCGCGUACAUGAAUGCUGUACACAGGCCAAGAACACAAGGCUUAUUAAAUAACGUUAUUCUGAUGUAUUUCAUAUCGCCAUAAGCAGCAUAAAAACUGUCUUUAUGAAGUUGAAAUUCUUACCGGUGUGUUAAAAUCCAUACAGGUUUAAUUGUGAACCCCACAACGUCACGUGAUUCUGCACCCUGUAUAUGCUGAUCGAGUUAAAAAUCGAUAAAUAAAACGCUUAUUAACAUAAAUCGUAACAUUAUUAUCUUACAUUUAAAUAAGAAAUCGACUUUGCAUGAACGGUCUUAAUAAUAUUUCUCAGAUACCAAAAAGUCCUUGCCUUUCCAUUAAAGAGCCAUUGCUACAUACUACUUAAUGAUUUUUCAUUGACCUCAUCGCGAUGAAUUAUGUUUUCUUGAGAUUUCACACAAGGUGUUUCGCCCGACCAUAUGUACUGUAGCAGCUUUAAUAACUAGAGUUUCUUCAAGAGGAAUGCCUUAUUUCAUGUCUUAACCUGCACUAAUAGACAAACAUAUUAUUAUUACAGGCGAUUUAAAGUGAUAUAAGUCGCAUCUAGCAUUAUAUAGGUGUCUAUCGCAACCGUUGUUAAUUUUUGGUGUUUUCACUUCACAUACACUUAUAUUUGUUAAUGCAGCAUCAACAUACUAAAACAAUAUCCCGGAAAGAGAAAAAUGAUAAUGCAUUUGAAUAUCAACCGUACUUUCGUUUUGACGUAUGUUUUGGUUAGUUCAAAAUCUAGUGCACACCGCGAAAACUUAUGACAAUUCUGAAAUUGUGAAUAAAUUUACCUUCGUGUCUCUCUUAACCACAUCUUUGGCCAUACUUCUUCAAAGAUAUGUUAUAAAUGAGGUGUCAGU